AUGCGAGGUUUGCAACGCGUGCCGCGGUACCGGGACCCUCUGGUUCGCAAUGUGGCCCGUGUACUCCUGCGCGGCUUACAGGAACAGCACCACGCACCCUCCUUGACAAGAGUCGAGCUGGAGGUGCGGCUCGGCAGCAUCCUGGCGCACACUCGUGCACGUCAGCUAGACAUACCCAUUGCCGUAGCAUCGCCAGCCUUGAUUGAUGAGACAGCACGAAAUAUCUACCAAUUUCAUGCAGGCAUUUCACAACCGCUGCUCUACGGGAUGCAGGUGGCCUUGCUAGAGGCGGGCCUUGCCGCGCGGCACGACAUGGACCCACAAAGCGGGAAAGUUGACGUACACGUGUUUCUUUCCAAUGGAAAACGACUGCGCUGUCGCUACCAACGACUACACGAGGUGGCCCCCACCAUGCGCGCAGACAGCGUGAAGGCACCCGCCUUGAACUCUGAGGCGCCCCUGUACAAUCCCCUGUCCCUCACCCACGGUAUCACGGUGCUGUCGGCCGAAACCAAGAGCCGGUUGGCCGUGGUGGACAUGUGCUGCCCAGGCUGGUGCGCUGACGUGCGCUUUGCUCUCUCUAAGGAGGCCACUGUUCCGGUUGAGCUGACGGAUGCAACGAACGAGAGGGCGAAAGCGUCGCGCUUCCGUUCGCGCAUGUGCAUUCCGGUGGGGCCUUUUUUUUCCAUUCAAAUAACGCAAUCGACCCUCAGCCAAGAUGUGUGGUGGUACCCACCCCCAAAUAUGCGCUCCUACCUUGACAAGGACGUGGGGGCGCCCUCAUCACCCGCGGCGGUCACGGGUACGACCACGUUCGGUGUUGGCUCGGUGAUCCCGACACCAGCACUGUUUUUUCCGGAGAGAAGAGCAGAGCGCGUCGGUCGGAGCGACACACAGACCGCCACAUUCGAAGUGGAGGUGGAGAUCAACCUACCUGCGCUGCUGCGUGAGUGGAAGCGCAUGUACGGGGGCGCUGCCGCGUCCGCGUAUCUAUCUACCUCAGCGCUCGUCGAUACGACAUGCGCCGGAACGGCAAUCCUAGGCGACGCAUCAUUGAAGCCGCCGACAACGAUGGAGACAAGAGAUGACGACGCCGAUAUGUACGCCACGGUAUUGGCGGAGAGAGAAGACCCCUACCUCUUGCGCGUGGCCGAAGAGGUGAUGGCGGUGGUGCAACUGCUCACCAAGGUGCGCGUCGUCGAGUGA